AUGGACGAAGACGUAGUUGUGGUGAGCCCUGUAAACCUUUGUGCUCAAUUAAGGGACAGUUAUUGUACUCUUAAUCGAGUCAGUAAACCUCCAUUACCUUACUUUUCGGGACAAGAGUUUACUGUUCGCUCUCAUACUGCUCCACCUCCGAUUCCAGCUCCACCCGAUGGCCUCCCUGUUAUUGAGCUCAGUAAGCGCUUUGAAAGACAACAGAAACAUCCUGCUGAACGCUGUCUGUUACAUCCUCCAUCUCCGGGUCACGUUGGAAAUCAGAUUGUCCAUUUGAAAAUAUCCAGGGAAAUUCGAUUUCGAGAUAAUCGGAAGUCACAGGUAGGGCUUGUCGAUAUCUUGAAUGUUCAGCCAACCAAGAACCAAGGGCCACAAAAAAAUAUGACUCUUUUUGCAAAAUUCUACGAUCCUCUUUACAACGACCAUGAUUCAUACAUAUACGACAGAUUUUACUGCUGUGAUUACGAUUACUCGCAUGAAGUUGCAGUGUAUAAACAAUUGAAGCCCCUGCAGGGAAAAUACAUACCCAAGUUCUACGGGUCAUUCACCCUGGAAUUACCUAUUCCCGGCCAUGAUACGAAUCGUCUUGUUCGGUUGAUUCUCCUGGAAUAUAUUCCUGGACGGUCAAUAAAAUCACAUGGGGCCGGAGACUUUUCUCAGCAGGAACGUCAAAGACUUUUGAAGAUCAUGAUAGAUACCGAGCUUACAAUGUAUAAACAUGGGUUUAAGGGUGGUUUCUACCGUCAUGAUGAUAUUAUAAUCAACUACAACUCUAGAUGUGCUCAACGUACUCGACCAAUCGUUCUAGUGGACUUUGGGGUAUGCAAUUUGCUUCAUGAUGGCCCUGAAUGGUGUGAAAUCCCUGUGGCUCGAUGGAUGAAGCGUGAGGGAGGUGAUGUUUGCCUUGCGAUCUCAGAAUGGAUUGACUGGGACUUGGACCUUUGGUAUAAUCGCAUCUAUGCGGGGAAUACGGAAAUCGCUGCUAUCGGGAUCCCAUUUAUCCCGCGUGAUCAUUUGGGCUAG